AAUCUGAAAAUGAGUGCACCAUUAAUUCCCAACAAGUCAUGUUACAAUCUGUUACAGACCAACAGAAAUGAGAUGAAAAAUAACAAUGAACACAUGGUGUCUGUAGGAGACACAAAUGCCAAUCAAAUCACGUCAGAUGUCAGAACCCCUGGAACAGCAAUAAGGACAAGCAAUAUUUCAGGAGAAUCUGCUUGCUUACACACCAGUAAGCAAAAAACCAACAGACAUUUAGACUGUGAGAGGAACAACCUUCAGGGCUCUACUGGUGAAUCAGACUUUAUACUGUCUUCUACCAUCAGCAAGAAAUUGCAUGCAGAUUGUAGGCCUGAAGGGCUUAAGGACACUUCAAAGCUAGUCACCAUUAGCCGAGGACACAGUUUGUCCAAUCUGAGGAUCAAGGCAAGUGAUAACCUUUCAGUAGUACUUUCAAAAAGUGAUGCUGACCUUAUUCAGGAUGUUUCAAAGGAAAAAGCACUUAGAAGGAUUGAGCCAGAAGGAAUAAAACGCCUUUCUUUGGGGAGAUCAAGAAAACUUAUGGCUAAAACCGAAAAAGAAUUUGUUGGCCGUGUAUCAGGUAAACGCUUGCUUUCUGUAUCCUUGGAUUCCAUCAAUACUUCCAUCAAUCAUUUGAGUGGGGACAUGGAAAAAUCUCAGAAAACAUCAGCAGACCAUUUUCUAGGCAUGGUGUUCCAUCCAACUGAUGGUGUCUCUGAAGGAAACAUUGUACAUUACCCUAAAUAUUCAUCUACCUCAGAAAUGGAAAGAGCAAGUGCCCCAGCCAUACAAUCAGGUGUGGAUAAUGUACCAAAUGCCAACAAACAAGACCCUCCACACCAUGCUGUUGUUGAUCUCCAUUUAACCAUUAAAUCCAAUGAAAUUUGGAAACCAGAAGCACAAAUUGACCAUCAGAGUGGUAAGAGAGGAAAAGGGGAGGUGAAGUGUCCUUUGUCCUCACAGUCAAAGCGUGUAGGUGAGCAGAAAAUGAACAAGGUUAUGUUAUUUGAAUUUCUUGGAUGUCCAGCAGAAGAAAAUAAUGUUGUGAUACAGAAUCAAAAGGAUAUGGGGACACAAGUACAUAAGACCAAAUUACAUCCGUUGCCAAAAGAGGAUCUGUUUUUAAAUGAAGGAUUUGACUCUAUUAAUGAAAGUCUGAUAAGUGACAAUGGCUCUCCAGAUUUAAGAAAAGGAAAUAGUAACAGCAAGGCAGCAAGCAAAGUGAACGAGGAAUAUAGAGCUGUAAAAAAGGAAGAUUCUGUUUCAGCUCCUGGUGAUGAUACUAUACAUGUUGAUAGAUUGACAUCAACAGGGAAUGAAAACCUAUACAUUGCUAGCACAAGUUGUAUUCCAGCAGUUAAUGGGCAUGUGUCUUUUAUGGAUAGUGUUAAUGUGACAGACAGCAAACAUCUGAAUAACUAUGAAAAUAAGCAGAUUCUAGUCAAAGGACCCAGUGAAGAUGCUAUAAUUGUCCAAUCUGAUUUGAAAGAUCCCAAACCACAAAAUACAGAAAAUAUCUCCGUAAAUUGUAACAUUGAGAACAGUAAUUUAGAAACCAGACAUUUUUCAGUUCAGAGCAAGAAGACAGUUAAUGAAACGAAAGAGCAUUCAAGUAAUGCACUGGAAAGCUGUAAAAUAAUAGCACAAAGUGAAACUUUUUUAUGUCCCCCAACUCCUUUGCGCCCUUCUACAACUGUGAAUGCCAGUAGCCACAUCACAGCGUCAAACAGCAGUUUGAAGGAACUUUGUGUGCUUCAUGUUGACAAGCUGCCAUCUUCUGCAACCCGACCUCCCACUGACAGCACCCAGUUAUUUAGCCUAUCCCCUAAAGUGCCUAAUAAAGCUACAUGUAACAGUGCGAUCCCUAAGCCUAUCCUUAUAAAUUCCAAGGGGCCCCAACCAGCCACUUAUAAUGGUGAGAACGAGGAUAUGGAGAGGCAUGAAGAUAAGGUUGAAACUCCAGCCAUCCCCAAGCCCAAACAUGUGAGGCCUAAAAUAAUAACUUACAUUAGAAGGAACCCUCAGGCAAUCAGCCAGCUUGAUCAGUCUGGAUUGUCUUGCAUGCCCCCUGCUUGUGGGUUGCCAGUGGCAACUGAACAGAAAAUGUUCAAUGAUGGAGAUAUUAAACCAGGCAAUGUUUUCUACGAAAAAUUUAAAACUGACUUUCAGAAGCCUCAGAUGUAUAGUUCUGGAUUUGUAGUAUCUGGCAUUAAAUCCUCAGACCAUCAGUUUAGCCAGAUGGGUGAAAGGUUUUUCCAUGAGGUUGGAGAAAGGCCUGUGAAAGACAAUUUUUGUCCUACGCCAUAUGCUCACUAUGAGGUGCCUCCAAGCUUUUAUCGCUCAACAAUGAUUCUUAAACCCCAAUUAGGACUUGGUGCUGUUUCCAGGUUGCCAUCUGCAAAAAGCAGGAUUUUGAUUUCCAGUCAAAGGUCUUCAGCAAGCUGCAUCCAUCCUCAAGCACCAAUACCCAGUUCAACACUAUUCCAUCCUGAAACUUCAGUUGAUCUUAAAAAAGGCUCAAGUCCAAAUGCUACAAAAUCAAAUCUUCCAAAACCAUGUCAGUCUGGACUUCGCCCUCCUGGUUAUUCACGGUUGCCAUCAACUAAACUCGCCACGUUUGGUUUUGUCAGGAGCUCCAGUGUCUCCUCAAUCUCAAGCAAAUCAAGUGACAGAGUCCAGAGUGAUCAAAGCAAGACAGCCAACCGCUCCAGCCUUGGAAAUGAAGAGCAAAUCAUUCUCAAGGCAGCUGAACCGUCUAAAGAAGCACUUAAGGGGGCCAGUAGAACUUCACUGCAGGCUUCAAAUAGCGCACCAGUUGCCCGCAGGAGUUUACUUCCGGCACCAAAGACAGGAACAGCACCAGCUG